AUGAAUAACAACGGUAACCAAGUAUCCAAUCUAUCCAAUGCUCUCCGCCAAGUAAAUAUAGGGAAUAGAAACAGUAAUACCACCACUGACCAGAGCAAUAUAAAUUUCGAGUUCCCUGCCGGUGUAAAUAGUAAUAGUAGCGUUCAAAAUAACAACAAUGGCCGUAAUGGUACCCAAAAUAAUAACAACGAGAACAAUAUCAAAGAUACUCUAGAACAGCAUCGACAACAGCAGCAGGCAUUCUCAGAUAUGAGUCAUGUGGAGUAUUCAAGAAUUACAAAGUUUUUUCAAGAGCAACCUCUAGAAGGAUAUACCCUUUUCUCUCACAGAUCUGCCCCUAAUGGGUUUAAAGUCGCUAUAGUAUUGAGUGAACUCGGGUUUCAUUAUAACACGAUUUUUCUAGAUUUCAAUUUGGGGGAACACAGGGCUCCUGAAUUUGUCUCUGUAAAUCCAAAUGCCAGGGUUCCAGCCUUGAUCGAUCACAACAUGGACAACUUAUCCAUUUGGGAGUCGGGCGCAAUCUUGCUACAUCUAGUAAACAAAUAUUACAAGGAGACCGGUAAUCCACUACUUUGGUCUGAUGAUUUAGCAGAACAGUCUCAAAUCAACGCAUGGCUGUUCUUUCAGACUUCUGGUCAUGCACCAAUGAUUGGACAGGCUUUACAUUUUAGAUACUUCCACUCCCAAAAAAUUGCAAGUGCUGUGGAAAGAUACACGGAUGAAGUCAGAAGAGUUUACGGUGUGGUAGAAAUGGCAUUAGCCGAACGUAGAGAAGCAUUAGUGAUGGAAUUGGACACAGAUAAUGCGGCAGCAUAUUCUGCUGGGACAACACCCAUGUCACAAAGUCGGUUUUUUGACUAUCCUGUAUGGCUUGUAGGAGACAAAUUGACUAUAGCAGAUUUAGCCUUUGUUCCAUGGAAUAACGUUGUGGAUAGGAUCGGCAUUAAUGUCAAAAUUGAAUUUCCCGAAGUUUACAAGUGGACCAAGCAUAUGAUGAGAAGGCCUGCUGUAAUUAAAGCAUUACGUGGUGAGUAG